AUGAUAGCACUGACACACAAUAAUAAUAAGAUUGUUAUCAAUGAUAGGAGUCAUUAUUAUCCAAUACAAGUGUGCAUUGAUCGGCACAAUUGGUCGGCUCGUGUGCCGGCAUUUGAUGGCCAGUUGUCGCCGGCAAACGAUAGAUAUUUAGUGCCAAAUAUUGUCCACUAUAUACUGUUUGAAACACAUUUUAUAAAUUAUGUACACUUUUUGUCGAUACUAUCGGUACUGAAAAAUCAGAAACCCGAUAGUCUGUACAUUCAUUGCGAUUGUCAUGAAUUACGGGGUGAUUAUUGGCAACGUAUCAAUCGAGUGGUCAAUGCGACCAAUACUACACGGCUUAUUGUACGGGAAAUUCAACGACCGACUCAUAUAUUUGGCCAACAGUUGAGUAAAUCAUUUCACAAUUAUCACGCAUCAGAUAUCGGCCGAAUCCAAGUGCUCCGGGAGUUUGGCGGCAUUUAUCUGGACAGAGAUGUCUAUGUUGUAAAAAGUUUGGAUACGUAUCGCAACUAUGAGAUGACACUGGACUAUGAAAUACGUGAUUGGGGUUUGAAUACUGAAUACAAAGUGUUGGGCACACAAACACUGGUAGCCCAUAGAAAGGCCCGGUUUUUGAAACUAUGGCUAAUCUGUUACUGUGAUUAUCAUCCCUGGGAUUGGUAUUAUAAUGCCGGCGAAUUGCCAACCAAAGAGAUAUUAGCGAAACGGCCGGAUCUGAUACACGAUGCAAACGGUCAGUUUGCUGCCGAUGGUCGACGUGUUUGUCCAUCACUUUACAAUCGUUGGCGAUCCGAUUGGCGUCAAACCUAUUAUACGGUUCAUCUGAAUAUUAGAGAUAACUUACUUUCGCCGUCCGGUUGGUGUCUGGAAGGUCAACGACCGCCGAUCUCACAGUUCGAUGAAUACAAUGUCCGCCAAUUGAAUACAACAUUUGCCGAAAUGGCCACAAAUGUGUUGGACUAUGAAAUCUCAGUUAAAAAACAAACAAACAAAUGA